GAAACACACGCUACUGCGUAGGUGAAUCGGUGCAGGGCAGUUUCAGGUUCUGUUGGUGCUCGCGAUGGUCGGAUUCGUAUAUAAGGCAGCCUGCCUUGACUCUCAUUCCCAAUAACCCUCCUGCUCCUCUCCCAAAAUCCUCAUUCCGCUACUACCUCUAAACAUGCCUGCUGUUGUUGUUAACACCCAUGCCGGACAUGAGCUCGACGCUAUUUCUGACGCAGUAGAUGAAGUAAAUGCUUUAAAGGUCCAAAUCUGGGACUCUCAGUCUGAGUUCGAUUCUACCAAAGACAAGACGACCUUCCGGCAGUAUGAGACGGCCUGCGAUCGUGUCAAGAAUUUUUACAAAGAGCAACAUGAAAAACAAACCGUAGCUUUCAACAUCAAGGCCCGCACGGAAUUCAAGAGCCGGAAACGUGCUCGCAUGGGUAUCUGGCGAGCUAUGGAAAUGCUCAACACGCUUGUGGACGACUCGGAUCCAGACACUGAGCUUUCGCAAAUCGAGCAUUUGCUCCAGACUGCCGAGGCCAUCCGACACGAUGGCAAGCCUGAAUGGAUGCAGGUUACCGGUUUGAUCCACGACCUUGGUAAACUGUUGUACAUAUUUGGCAGCGAAGGCCAGUGGGACGUUGUCGGUGAUACCUUCGUCGUCGGCUGUGCUUUCUCCGAUAAAAACAUAUACCCUGGUACCUUCGCCGGCAACCCAGACUUCCACGACGCCGUUUAUUCUACCAAGUAUGGAAUUUAUGAGCCUAAUUGCGGCCUUGAUAAUGUUAUGGUGUCUUGGGGUCAUGAUGAGUAUCUCUACAAUGUCGUUAAGGAUCAGAGCUCCCUCCCUGCAGAAGGCCUUGCUAUGAUAAGAUAUCACAGCUUUUAUCCAUGGCACCGUGAAGGAGCUUACACCCACCUCAUGAACGAGAAAGAUCAUGCAGCCCUUGAGGCCGCUCGCGCCUUCAACCCUUAUGAUCUCUACUCGAAGAGUGACGAGCCUUGCAAUAUCGAAAAGCUUCGCCCAUACUACCAAGACCUCAUUGCCAAAUUCUUCCCUUCCGAGAUCGACUGGUAGAUGCGAUAGAUGCGCGCACACCUUUAUUCUAAAAUCAUAGGCCACCGCCUGGUAUAGAUCCAGCCUCCUGUGGAGGGUGGAAACCGUGCAGCUUAAUUGUGUAUUUCUUUCAAAAUUUGUGUCCUUAGUUUUUUCCAUUUACUUUAUUGCGACAGUAUCCUUAUGUCCGUAUAGAAGCUUUAUUGGUAUUGAAGUAAUUUACUGCAUUAUUAAUAUUGCCAA